AUGGUUCUGAAGGCAUGCGACCGGUGCUACGCGAGCAAAGAAAAAUGCACCUUUGCGGGCAAUGAUCAGCAGUGCACGAGAUGCCGUCGUCUCAAGAUCGCAUGCUCGACAUCACGGCGUAACAAGCGCAUAGGGCGCCGGCCUGCCGCGAAGGCCUUCCCGCAUGGGAAGAUGCAAGUCUGGAGCGUCGAGACGGAGCAGCAGGUCGGGACGCACCAACAAGAAGAACAACAGCAAAGCAGCCCAUCCAUGGCAAGCGAGGGUUCAUCCGCACACCAUGCACUCACGCGACGCUCAAAAUCAAUUUCGCCAUCUAAUAAUUCCAUGACAGAAGUCCCGACACCCCAAAAUCACGAUACGCUGGUCUUGGCACCUGAGAAACUGCUUGCAUCCCCGACCUCCCUCAGAACAACAUCAGAUGCCUUCCGCACAGUAAUGGAUCCAGAGCAGUUUUCAGUCAUACAUAUGCCAUUCAUGCUGGGAUCGAGUUUCAUUCCUGAAUCUCAGAAGACGGUCUAUACCAUUUUAUGCCUUUCUGCGCCGACUCUCACCGAGGGAUACUUGGCGUUCCUGGGGUUAAUGACGCGCUACCAGAGAUCGCCUGUCAUGCGUCAAGACAAGCCCGAUAUGAUGAAAGCUGCCAAAGGAUUGCAACGUUUGCGAAGCGUGCGAAUCACACAAGACUAUGAUGCAGCCUGUGCACUCUUCCUGGGUCAAACGAUGUACGUGUUCAAUGUACUCACCGCGCCGGACUCUUCGACAGCCCAUUCGAUUGUGCGAAGUGCCCUCAUGUCCACCAAAGCAUGGCUUCCGCGGUUGAUUCACUUUCCAAUCAUGGACACCAUCAUCAUGACGCCCAUGUUGAUCGAUGUCGUCGAAUGUUUGGCGCGGCGAGAGAUUCCGAUAAUACGGCUCCCCAACACGGAUCGCAUCAUUGUCGACCGCUAUGCAGGCCUCUGCGCAACGCUUCUGCCUCUGCUGUAUGAUCUCUGCGUGUGUAGCCAUACCAUGAAGAGGGGUGUUUUGGACGUCGGAUCUGAAUCCCCCUCCGGGAUAUACGAGCAACUCGCGGAUAUAGAGCGAACGAUCCUUGAAUGGAAGCCCCCAAUCCACCGGAACUUCUUCUCAAACACGGGCAACAUGAGGUGUUGGCAAUGA